CAAAAGCGCGAUCAAUGACGCCCUAGUAUAGUUACCUUGAGAGCAUUCUUUUCUUGUAGGAUUGAAAAUUGAGGCCAGAUUGGAGCUUAGGUGUGCAGAUAAAGAAGAUUUAUUUUGACAAUAGAAGUUUUGUCACCCUUUCACUUUCCUCGCUGAAGUCUUAUUCCUUGCUGCAAAAAGCAGACUCCAUCUUCUCCUCCCAGUUUGUACGCGGAGAACCCUCGCCCAACAAUGCUCAGGACCCACGAAGGGAAACAGAAUAUCCGACGAAGGUACUGACCUUUUGGAGACUGGGAGAAUACAAACAAGAAGCGGAGGAAAAGCUUCAAGACAAGAUGUUGCGCUUGAACAGGAAGAAGACGGAGAGCAUGGCGAAGAGAGUAAUAUCGGACAAGUAUGACAUUGGGUAUGACAAUGAGAUGGAGGUGCAGGGUUACAAGUACACACAGCGAAACGAAAAAGAAACGGUUAAAACUUACGUUUUGAUUUUGUCGUCAUGGUGACGUGUUUAAAAAGUGCGCACAGUCUUUCAAAUCGAUUUUGUUCUGUUUAUAAGUACUUCCUUACUCAGAAAACCGGUAAGAGUAAGUAAGAGUAAUUUUGCUUGUACUAGCACUCAGCCAUGCAGCUACUAGCGACAAAAUCGAAGAUUGACUUAUUCUCCUUCCUAUGAUUACUGACUCGGGCAACAGUGCUACAACUUUCAUAACCGUACUUUUCAAACACAAACGCAAACUCAUCUAACGCAUACUCAAUCUUUUACAUUGAUUCUCGUCAUCAUCUAGGUGACGGCUUCGAGUGUCUUGGUAAAUCUGUUUUGCAAAUAUUUGGUGCACUACGUGGCGGACGCAUUUCUAACCAGAGAUGAAGAAAGAUACGACUACGAUGGAACGGAAGAAGAGGCAAAGCUGAUACUCAACAGUAAGAAUCUCAAGAGCGUCACUCUGGAAGCGGUAAUCAGCGUCAACAAAAUGGAGGGGGGGCAGUACACACAGAGGC